AUGCUCAAUCUAACAGACGAAAACGAACUCAAAUAUGAUGGCCACAGCAACGUUACGGUGGAGGCAUCAGUUAAAGUUGCUGUACGAGUUCGACCACCCAAUGCACGCGAGCUUUCUAAUAGCUCUUUGAUAUCUGUACGUGCUAACAGCAAUCAAGCCACCGUGACGAUUUCCAGACCCCAGACCGAAGGUUACUCAAAAAAAAAGAAGUCCUUCCAGUUCGACAAUGUGUUCUGGUCGGCGGAUUGCCCUGACGAGUGCGGCGGCAAGCCUGCUGGGCAGGUUGAUGUGUACGAGGCGAUCGGGCGGCCGUUAGUGCUUCACGCGUUCAGCGGGUUCAACUCGUGCCUGUUCGCGUACGGUCAGACCGGGAGCGGCAAGACGUACACGAUGAUGGGGGGCGACCCGAGCGCGCUAGGCGGGGCGGACGCUGGCGUGACGCCGCGGCUGUGCCUGGAGCUGUUCCAGAGGCGUGCGCUCAUCGAGGCGGAGGGCCACUCGAAGUGGACGGUGGAGGUCGGGUACGUCGAGGUGUACAACGAGCGUGUGUCUGACCUGCUGGCGAAGCGAAAGAAGGGCUCGAAGGAGGAGGUGUUCGUGGAGGUGCGGGAGCACCCGACGCGGGGCGUGUUCAUCGAGAGCCAGCGAUUCUGCGAGGUGUCGAGCCUGGAGGACAUUGUGGAGCUGAUUGAGGCGGGCAACCGUGUGCGCCACACAGCUGCGACGAAGAUGAACGACCGCAGCAGCCGCAGCCACGCGAUCUUCAUGCUGAUGCUGCGGGAAGAGCGGUCGAUGCGGUCGGCCACUGGACAGACGAUCACGACCGCCGGCAUGAAUAGCCGGAUGAACCUUGUGGACCUCGCGGGGUCUGAGCGCGUUACGCAGUCUGAGGUUGUUGGGCAGCAGUUCAGCGAGGCGCGGCACAUCAACCUCUCACUGACGACGCUUGGGCGUGUGAUCGACAUGCUGGCCGAUAUGGCGAAGAACGCGAACAGCCAGUGGUCGAUGCCGCCGUACCGUGAGUCGAAGCUGACGUACAUUCUGAAGGACUCGCUGGGCGGUAACUCGAAGACGUUCAUGAUUGCCACGAUCAGCCCGAGUGCGAUGAACUACGAGGAGACGCUGAGCACGCUGCGCUACGCGUCCCGCGCGCGUGACAUUGUGAACCUAACGAAGGUGAACGAGGACCCGCGUGCACGGCGGAUCCGUGAGCUGGAGGAGCAGAUGGAGCGGAUGCGGCAGGACAUCCAGGGCAGGGAUCCCGCGUACGUGGCUGAGCUGGAGGAGAAGCUGGUGCUGCUCGAGGCUGAGGCACAGAAGCGUGCUGCCGAUCUGCAGGCGCUGGAGAAGGAACGUGAGAAGAACAAGAUGCGUGAGAAGAUGCUGCACGCAACGGAGGCUGAGCGGGAGGCGCUGUUGGGCAAGGCGACCGAGCUGGAGCGGCAGGUGGAGGAGUCGCGACGCCAGGCUGGGUAUCACGAGAGGUUGCUUCGUGAGCUUGAGGAAAAAGAACGUCUUAUGCUGGAGCAGAUGCGCAAGCGUGAGGCGUCGAUGGAGAACCGCACGGAGGCUUUUCAAACCACGUUAGAGCAGGAGCGUGCAUUAUCGUUACGUCUGCGUCACGACUGUGAGCUUUAUUGUUUACAGUUGAAGGAGAUGGAGACGCGCUAUAACACUUCAGUGUUGCAUCUUCAGUCUAUGCUUUCUCUUGUUGUGCAAGGCAGCAUGAACGGCGCGGUGCAUCAGCAGGCGGAGCAGCUCAGGGUUUUAAAGGAGAAUGCGGUGCUCCAGGAGGAAACUGCUUCGCGGCAACAACAAGAGGUUGCCGCCGCGAAAGAUGCGCUGCAGAGGGUGGAGAGAGAGAUGUCGUCGUUGUGUGCAGAACUUACUGAUAAGCUGACUGCAUUGGAGACGGACAACCACGCGCUGCAGGACUCCAAUGAGGCGCUGAAGGUCCAACUGGAAGAGAUGCAAUCACAGGUGAGUGUGUUGCGUGCACAGCUGUCGGAUACCGCAACUGAUCGAGAUGGCCUCGUUACUAAGAUCGAGUCCCUAAACAAUGAGAAGGCUGAAUUGCACGGGCUGUACGAGGAGAGCAGUGCUCUGAUCGAUGAUCUUCAGCGUAAACUGAACGCACCACUCGUCAAGACGCACCACUCUAAAAAGUUUGAGGGGGAUGAGUGGGAUAUAUUGUUCAAUGGCCGCCCAGUGGAGCUCCGUGACACAUUUACAAAGGACGUGAGUGCUGCCUGCAAGGUGCCCAACGAUGCUGUCACAAAUGUUCAAUUCGCCCUCGGAAGUCUGCUGUGCGAGUUUGAUGUGACCCACGCCGACCACAUCAGCAAGGAAGAUAUUGACAACAACAUCAAAAUAUACGCGUUCGAUAACAUGCACCAGUUGUACAGCGACCGCAACGGAGAAAAAAAGGGCCUCGACAAGGCAUGGGAUGACAUUCAACGCCUUAAGGGAGAGUUAAACGCUACUAAUGAAAACAACAAGGCACUUGCACAAGAAGCCGAAGAGAUCAACAGAGAAAAUGAUAACCUCCGUAACAAUGUACUUGAUGUAGAAAAAGCACGAGACCAGCUUUCCAACGAAUUGGAAAUAUCGCGCCAUGAAAGAGAAACUGCAACAAAACAGCUUGAAAGCUUUCAAGAGGCUCUGCACCACAGAGACGAGCAACUUCAACACAAAGCCAACGAAAACAUCAAACUCGCUGAAGAGCUGCGCAGCACGGAGGACGCCAAGGCGGAGGUGGAGAAGAACCUCGAGUCUGUGACGGCUGAGCGCGACGACCUGGCUGAGAACCUGCGCAGCACGGAGGACGCCAAGGCUGAGGUGGAGAAGAACCUCGAGUCUGUGACGGCUGAGCGCGACGACCUGGCUGAGAACCUGCGCAGCACGGAGGACGCCAAGGCUGAGGUGGAGAAGAACCUCGAGUCUGUGACGGCUGAGCGCGACGACCUGGCUGAGGANCUGCGCAGCACGGAGGACGCCAAGGCGGAACUGAAAGAAAAAACUGUGAGUUUGUUGUCUGAACGUGAGAAACGUAUCGAUGUGGAGUCAAAGGUGUGCUCGCUUGGUGAACGUGUUGUUCGCUUGGAGAAAGACAAGGUGAAGCUUAAGGAAGCCUACGCACUUCUCCAGGACAUUCAACGUAAAGGCGAGGUGCGUCUUGGUGUGAGGCAUGGCCUUUUGAAGUCGAAGGACGGAAAUGCGGGUCCGAUAAAGAAGGGUUUCACGUUUACGGAAAAGUUGUUGUCUAGGAAAUCUUGUUUUGACAAGGAAAAUAAGUAA